AGGUGCGAAUUCAAGAAUACAACACUACUUGGACUACAAAGGAACUUAUAAUUCAUGAAAGUUUUCAUAUUAUUAUUCAAUAUAUUUAUAAUUGCUGACAUAUCGACUUUGACCAAUUCGCUCGCUAAGUACGAUGCAUUGCUGUAAAUUUCUAGAUGAAAUAAAAUUGUACUGCUAUAAAUCUAUGAAUGUGAUGUUUUACUGCCCAAACUGACCACAACACUAACACAGUGGAUAUUGAAACUCAAAACAGUGAUGCUAUAUUGUCAGUUAAUAUGAUGGAUCAAAAGGAAACAAAGUAUAAUCAUAAGAGACUUUAAAAUGGAGGGGUGUGGUGAUGUAGUGAUUGCAGUUUCGGAUAAUGUAACUGCUGAAUCUAAAACAGCCAUGCCGUUCCAACAAAUAGCCGUUCAUCCCAUUGGGGAUGAUGCUUCAUGUACGGAAGAUUCUAAAAAGAAAGAAAAGUCACAGACAUCUCCUGUCAAGAAAAAGGAAUCUACAAAGGAAACGCAUCAUGCAAAUUCACCUACACCGAAAGCUACAGAACGAUGUGAAACUAGACUAUCGAUGACAUCCUCGACUGGAGAUACAUGUAGAAUAUGUCAUUGUGAUGUGUCUGAAUAUGAUACAACCUCACCAAUGAUAUCACCGUGCCUUUGUGCUGGGAGCAUGAAAUUUGUUCACCAAGCAUGUCUUCAGAAAUGGUUGAAAAAUUCGGACAAGAGAUCGUGUGAACUGUGUCACUUUCACUAUAAAAUGACAACAAAGCUAAAACCUUUUCCUAAAUGGGAGAGAUUACAGAUGUCCCGUGUGGAGAAAAGGAAGAUUACAUGUUCGGUAACAUUCCAUGUAAUAGCUAUUACCUGUGUUAUUUGGUCUCUUUAUGUAUUAAUAGACAGAACAACAGAAGAAGUAGAAAUGGGUGCAUUAAACUGGCCGUUCUGGACCAAGUUAAUUGUUGUUGCAAUUGGAUUUUUUGGCGGCCUUGUGUUUAUGUACGUUCAGUGUAAAAUGUAUUUACGAUACUGUCAAAAGUGGCGAUCGUAUAAUAGAAUUAUUCAUAUUGAAAAUUUGACAGAUGAGGAAAGGAUCAAAUUCAUCGAAUUAGCUGUGAUCAAGAAGAAAAUCCCAGAUGAAGAUCAUGGGGUCAGCAAUUUGGGAUUUGAAAUAGAUUCUCUGUGAUAAAUUUAUAAAAAAAAAUCCAUGUAUAAUUUAUAUUAUGUUGCAUAUAGUUGUUCAGGUAUGAACCAAAAAUGCCUUGAAAAUUUGUUAAUGCAAUGCAUCUAGUGUGACAGAAUUAUCUGUUAGAAACAAUUUAAACUUGAUUAUGAUGUUAAAAUAUGUUGUAUUACUGUAAAACAUUACUAUGCCACACUAAUGUAUUAUACCUUUGAGAAAUUGCAUUGACUAGGUGAUAUAAUUUUGUUCAAGUAUCCAGAAAUAUUUUUCACACAACUUUUGUCUUUUUUAGAUGACUUGAUACGUGGGGUCCUUUUUUCAAACUAUUUUUUUUGUAUAAAUAUCAAAGUAGAGACUAUUUAUUCUUUAUAAGCUCCGAAUAAUUACACAUACAUAUAGUGCUAUUUGUACAUGUUGUACUUGUUAUCACAAGUAUCAUUGACAAACUUAUUCACUUGAUAUAAAUAUACAUUUACAGCUACUCGGCCUGAAGGUCUUUAUGAUAACUUCAUCAAUGUAGGCUUAAUAUUUAAUUACAGCUAUUUAAGAACCAUUUGAUCAAAUUAAGCUGAUUUUCAUACAAACCAAAAUUCAAGAUGGUCAUAGAUUGUUUCUGAAUGGCUGAAACUGAGAAAUGAUAUUGUCUGGAAUCACUAACUUCAAGCUAAUUGAACAAUUGAAAUAUCAAUAUGGACCUAACAAUGUAAAUUUGGUGACGAAAUGAAAUCCACUUUAGAUUUUGUCUACAGUGGAAAUUAAAAUGAUGUUCAUGUAAACAACUUAAUCUUGGUAACUGUUUUACAUAAUGAAGUAACAUGCAUUGGUAACAGUUUUUUGAGGGGCCUGUGGGGGGGGUCUCAUCACAAUUCACGAGUAGAUUUUUUGGUCAAUCACGAUUCACAGAAAAUAAAUUUCCAUGAUCAUGGAUCAUGAAAAUAUGAAAAAAAAAUUGUAGAAAAACCAAUCACGAUAGCGAAAAUAUGCUAAUCCAUCAGGCCCCUCUUUUUUUUGGCCAGUCUAACAAAAUUUUAAUUAUACAUAUUUGUAUUUUGAUGUCAUUCUGAAAUCAAACAUGGCCCCCAUAACUUAUAACCUAACCAUAUUUAAAAUACAUAAAUGUAAAUAGCUUGGAUAUGUUGUACUGCAAAUCAUAUUUAUAAUAUGUGAUAUUCUUUCUUUAUACUUGUGAAUAAUAUUUACAAAAUAACAUAAUCAUCAUGUGCUAUCAUGAACGAAAAAUUUACAAAUUGCAUUUUGCAAAACACGUUAUUCUAGUCUUAAAAUGCCUGUGAUAAAAUUUUUAGCUGUAAUUAAUAAAUUUGAUCACAGAACCUCUUGCAGAUCUCUUUCAUUUUUAGUACAAUAUGUAGUACAUUCUAUAGAAUUGAAUUGUAUCAAAACUUGAUUUAAACAGUUGUGAAAUGACUUGGUUUUAUGAGUCAGAUAGUGAAAUUUGCCACUUUUUUAUUGGUGGGCACUUUGAUCUCUGUAACCAAUAAAUGAUGCCGUCAUAUUUCAAGAUUGUUGAAUUCCAUAUGAUUUUUAUUUUUCAACAUCCUGCCAAGAUUAUAAUGCACACAUUUGUGAAAUGUAAUAAGAAUUGUUAUGAUAAAUAAAUGGGUUUCAGUGUUUGGAAAAGAUCUAUUUUUGAAAUGUGUAUUAUUCUGUUGUUGAACAAAAAUGUGAGUUUUAAACAAUGUAAUCAUGAAUUUUUGUCAUAGAUGAAAUAAUUGCAUUAAUUUUUGAAUAUAUGUAAACUAUAUUGUUAACCUUAUAUGGCAUUACAAAAUAAACACACUAUCAGUCUGUAUGGUGUCUUAGAAAUAGAAUGUUAUUCUAAUUACUGAUAUCCAUAUACUGUAUAUAAAAUAUUUAAAAACAUAA